CAAAGACCAAAAACCCUCACGAAAUUCUGAGAUCCAUCCAGAAACGUCGCUCCAUGGCGAUUAUCUCCGACUUCAAGGAGGACGAGGCCCCGCAGCAGCCGGCGGCGGUCGGCCCCGGCGUCGAGGAGACCCUGGUGGCAGCGCUAGAGAGGACCGGCGGUGCACUCCCCUUUCUCCAGGCGGCCAUCGAUGUCGCUCACCGCAGGUCUGGCCUGUUCCGCGACCCUUCGGCGGUGAGCAAGGUUACCGCGAUGGCGGCGGCCGUCAGGGCGCAGGUGGAGACCGAGGAGAGGGCAGCCAGAGAGGUCAAGAGGAAGGCGGAGGAGGCCGAGAGGAAGGCUGCGGCCGAGGCGCAGAAGGCUGACAUGGAGGCGGCGACGGCGACGGCGGAGGAGAAGCUGGAGAAGGACCGUAUGGAUGCGGAUAAGGCGGAGGAAGGCAACGUUAGACAACCAAAUGCUGGCAAUGGUCUUGAUUUGGAGAAGUACUCAUGGACUCAACAGUUGCCUGAGGUUAACAUCACUAUUCCUGUUCCUCAAGGAACAAAAUCAAGAUUUGUGGUCGUUGAUAUAAAGAAGAACCAUCUGAAGGUUGUUCUGAAGGGCCAGCCACCUAUCAUUGAUGGUGAGCUCUAUAAGCCAGUUAAGGUUGAUGAUUGCUUCUGGAGCAUAGAGGAUGGAAAAACUCUUUCCAUAUUGCUUACAAAGCACAACCAAAUGGAGUGGUGGAAGUCUGUUAUAAAGGGUGGCCCUGAAGUUGAUACCCAAAAGGUGGAACCUGAGAACAGCAAACUCUCUGAUUUGGAUCCUGAGACUAGACAAACUGUGGAGAAGAUGAUGUUUGACCAGCGCCAGAAGCAGAUGGGCCUUCCGACAAGUGAUGAAAUGCAAAAGCAAGAAAUUCUCAAGAAGUUCAUGUCUGAGCACCCGGAGAUGGACUUCUCUAAAGCGAAAAUGCCUUGAGGAUUUGUUCGGGCAGUUAUUUCUACCAGUCUGCUUAGGUUGUCUUUGAGUCUGGUAUCGGUGUCAAACAAAUCUUCAUCUGUUUUUUUUUUUUUGUAAUGCGUCAGGAAUAUCAGGCUUGUUCUUUUUCAUCUCAAUCCAUAUGCAUUGGAAGCGUUUGGGUGGGUUUAAAUCCAUAGUAGGUCAAAAGCUUUACUAAAUUUUCCAAUGCAAUCCAUUCCAUUGGUCACGUGGCUUGAGGAUUUGUUCGGGCAGUUAUUUCUACCAGUCUGCUUAGGUUGUCUUUGUGUGAUUGUGUCUGGUGUUAGUGUGGAACAGAUGUCUUUGUGUGAUUGUGUCUGGUGUUAGUGUGGAACAGAUCAUCUUUUUUUAGUAGCGUCAGAAAUAUCAUUUAGAACUGUGACGUCUUUCG